AUGUCUUCGCCAAUGGACACAUUCCGCGGCAUCUUGAAGCCGACCUCGAGUCCAUAUACCCUACCAAAGAUCAAUAGCGUUCCUCUUCUCAUCAAGGAUGGUUUCACCCUCACAACCCUCUUCACAAUCGGCGCCAUCAUGCAGACGCUCCUCUUCCUAGUCCUACCAACAAAAUACGCCAUCAUCCCGUGCUCCGCUCUCGCCCUCAACUCAAUCAUCUCCACAAUAACCGGCACCCGCUCGAAAUCCUCAAACCCGUACCUGAACGGCGUCGUCCGGGGCCGCACAUCAGCCCAAUUCCCGGACCCGGCCACCGGCACGAUCCCCGCCACCCCGGCCGGCCGCCCCGUCCUCGUCUUCCACCUCGGCGUCCGCUUCAACCACCCGCUCGGCAUGCUCUCCCCCGGCGGCCGCCAGCUGGGCGAGUACUUCACCACGAUGAACGACGACCUCGACCGCCGCGCCGACGAGUACGGCCUGUACCACAUGUCCUCGUGGUCCUCGCUCGAGGCCGAGCGCAACAACACCCUCAUGUUCAUCUACUACUUCCGCGACGUCGCGGGGCUGAACAGGUUCGCACACGACCCCCUCCACCGCAGGACCUGGGACUGGUUCAACGGCAUCCGGGCCGAGUUCACGCACAUUGGUAUCUUCCACGAGGGGUUCGUCUCGGGCGCGCAGCAGUAUGAGACCAUUUACGAUAAUAUGAAGCCUACGCUGCUCGGGGCUGCGAGCGUCAAGUGCGACAACGAGGAGACCAAGGAGGAGGAGUGGGUGAACACCCUCGUCAGCGCUGAUAACUCGGCGUUGAGGAGUCAGUUCAAGCGCAUGGGCAAAGCCACCCGUAAUAUGAUAGAGUAUGAUUACUGA